ACAAACUAUCAUUAAACGAAUGAAUGGUAAUCGACUUGAAGAAUAUGCUCAGGAAUAUUCCGUUAAUUGUACACUUUGUGGAACAAUUAUCACCACAGACCUACACCAUGAAUGUAUUAUCAGAUAUAAUCUGAGACAACUACACCCCGAGAUGGUCCCUGAAACUUUAAGCACUGAAGUAUUCUGGAAUAUACCAGAAGAAGUGCAGCGGAAGGAUGAAGCUUGCCUUGCAGCAGUUGAACUACUAAAACCAACCAAGAAUUCUCAAACAC